AUUACCUUUUUUUUCUGGCGUCAUAUAUAUAUAUUACCUUUUGAAGCAUCUCUGACCAUAACUGAUCAAAGUAAAGUCAACAUGUAUCAGCUGUUUCAGAUCUCCAGCGAUGUUCUCAAGACUCUGGGGCUGAAGAUGAAGUUUAUGAUAACAUUCAUCUUUACCAGCGUACUCAUUGGUUCUGUAUUCAUACUAUCAUCCUCAAACAACUUCGACUUCAACGACCAACUUCUUUACGCUACAAUCAACGGUUCAAAAAAUUCCAAAGCACCUCAGGAUAAGUUGUUAGGAGGGCUAUUAACAGCAGAUUUCGAUGAGCGUUCUUGCGUGAGUAGGUACUAUAAAUCAUCCUUGUACCGCAAGCCUUCUCCAUACAAGCCUUCUGAAUACCUAAUCUCUAAGCUAAGAAGCUAUGAGAAGCUCCACAAGCGUUGCGGUCCAGGGACAACAGCAUACAAGGAAGCAACAAAGAAUCUUGUUCAUGAUGACAAGAAUUACGCAAACAAAACCGUUGGUGAAUGCAAAUACAUUGUGUGGGUCGCGGUUUACGGUCUUGGAAACAGAAUACUAACUCUUGCAUCCGUCUUCCUCUACGCGCUCUUGACGGAUAGAGUUGUUCUCGUUGAUCAAAGCAAAGACAUUAAUGAUCUCUUCUGCGAGCCGUUUCCAGUUACAUCAUGGUUACUCCCUCGUGACUUUCCGCUGAUAAGGAAGAUCGAUGGAUACAAUAAGGGAUACUCUCGUUGUUACGGAACAAUGUUGAAUAAACAUGCCAUCAGCGCGAACUCGACCCCGCCACAUCUGUAUCUUCAUAUCCUACACGAUUCAAGGGACGAAGACAAGAUGUUCUUCUGUCCCAAGGAUCAAACAUUGAUCAACAAAGUCCCUUGGUUGAUUGUCAAAGCCAAUGUCUACUUUGUUCCAUCUCUAUGGUUUAAUCCAAGUUUCCAAACCGAACUGGUGAAGAUGUUCCCGCAGAAAGAAGGUGUGUUUCAUCUCUUGGCUAAGUAUCUUUACCACCCGACGAAUGAAGUUUGGGGUAUGAUCACAAGUUACUACAAGGCUCACUUAGCUGGAGCUGACGAGAGACUCGGGAUUCAAAUACGUGUUUUCAGCGGCGGCGAGGGAUUCUUACAAAACGUCAUGGACCAGGUCUUGUCCUGUACACAAAGGGAGAAGCUAUUACCUCAAGCAGCUGCUGCACAAGAAGUGAACGUGACUCAAAGUCAGAAAGUUAAAGCUGUUCUUGUCACAUCUCUGUAUCCAGAGUACUCUGACCGCCUCAAGAAAAUGUUUUCGAAGCAACCUAGUUCAACAGGAGAGAUAAUCAAAGUUUAUCAGCCAAGUGGAGAAAGGUAUCAACAAACAGACAAGAAGAUACACGAUCAAAAGGCGCUAACAGAGAUGUAUCUUCUGAGUUUAACUGAUAAAGUUGUCACGAGCGCAAGGUCUACUUUUGGAUACAUUGCUCAUAGUCUUGGAGGGUUAAAGCCAUGGUUACUAUAUCAGCCAAGGGAUGCCUCAGUUCCUGAUCCGCCGUGUGUUCGUUCUACUUCGAUUGAGCCUUGUCAUCUUACUUCUCCUUCUCAUGGAUGUGAUGCUGAUUGGGGAACUGACUCGGGGAAGGUUCUUCCGUUUGUAAAACAUUGUGAGGAUCGUGAUAAUGAUGGACUCAAGCUGUUUGAUGAGUUGUAGUAGCUCCUUUAGCUUAUUUCAUUUGAUUAUUUGAGUUACUGAAACAGAGGAUCAGUAUUAUCUAUCUUUUGAUUCUUGUCUAUUAAUAACCAUUUAAAUGUUUAAUAGAAGAUUUUACAGAAA